AUGCAGGUCAAGGUUCGAGGAUUUCGAAUAGAGCUGGAGGAGGUCGAGUCAGCACUGAGCGCUCUGUCAACAAUCAGUCAGGCAGCUACCUCAAUUGCACACGAUCCCCAUGGCGAUCCUCAUUUGGUGGCAUAUGUUGCUCCUGAAAAUCAGAUUGUUGAAAGGGUGAAGGAACAACUGGGGCAGGUGCUUCCAUACUAUAUGGUGCCUUCCAUGAUCAUUACGUUGGAGAAAAUUCCAUUGCUGACAAGUGGAAAGGUGGAUCGAAAAUCGCUCCCACAUCCUGUGUGGACUUCCGACAGUGAGGUCGUGGCCCCGAGAACAGACCUGGAGUACAGGAUUCAUGAGAUAUGGGCAGAUGUGCUUGGCGUGGAAGACAUAAGCAUUCACACAGACUUCUUUGAGCUUGGUGGCGAUUCGCUCAAGGCAGGGUUGAUCACUGCCAAGCUGCGGCAGGCGUUUGGUGUUGAAGUGCCUGGACUUGUUGUCUUCAAGUUCAAGACAAUUGCCACGCUUUCUGAGGCGGUUGAACAGGUUGCGAGCGAUGGAGGCACGCUGGCUGCCCUGCAGCGCCUUGGUGUGACAGAUGCAUCGGGCAUUGUGCUUCCAAAGCACCUCUCCAGCAUCUCAUCAUCUGCUGAAGACGUAGAUCCCAGUACGGGUGUUCCAAUGUCGUAUGGACAAGAGCAGAUGCUGACCAUACAGAAGCUGAUGCCCCAGACGACGGCCUACUCCCUUCCUGUGUCUCUGUACAUCAAGGGUCCGCUGGAUCUGCAGGUUCUCAAACAGGCAUUUGUCAUGCUGACAAAGCGGCAUCAGGUGCUGGGUAUGAAAUUUGCCAGUAAGGACGGGCAUACUGUGAUGAUCACAGAUGCGCACAAACAGCCUGAUCUGCAUGUGCUGGACACGUGUGCUGGCAGUGUGGCAAUGAGCGAAGGGGCAGCAGUCGCAGAUAGCACUGCAUCUGAGCACUUGCAGCAUCUGGCAUCCAUUCCAUUCGACCUUGAGGCUGGGCCGGCAAUCAGGGCAGCACUGCUUCCGCUGGCAAAUGAUGAACAUGUGCUGAUGAUCAUGGCACAUCAUGCCGCACUGGAUGGCUGGUCGACAGGGAUUCUCAUGAGGGAGUUCUGCAUUGCAUACAACGCCACCGUUGCCAGUGAGACCCCAGACUUGGAACCUCUCCCCAUCCAGUACCACCACUUUGCUGCAUGGCAGCGGCGCUGGCUGGGCGAGGGCGCCCUUGAGGAGCACCUGAAGUACUGGAAGAGCAAUCUGGGAGGCGCGCCAGCCCUGUUGGAGAUUCCGACUGACAAGCCACGUGGGCGGGCCAUCACAACCGCGGCCGCUGGGCAUGUGGAUGUUGAGUUUCCUGCUGCUGUGGUUCAGCAGAUGAAGAAGCUGGCUUCAGAGUGUCACGCCACACUGUUCCAAGUACUGUUGGCUGCGUUCGAUGUGCUUUUGACCCGCUACAGUCGCCAGACAGAUAUCGUGGUGGGAACAAUCGUGGCUGGUCGCUGGCACCCUGAGCUUGUUAAUCUCGUUGGGUAUGUUGCUAACCCUGUCCCAAUUCGCGUUGAGUUCCCAGAGCAGCCAACUUUCAGGGGUUUGAUGGGGCUGGUUAAGAGAGCUGCCUUGAGUGCCUUCGAUCAUUCGGUUGUGCCCAUUCAGAAGGUGAUAGAAGCGGUUGGUGCCACAAGGGACGCCUCACACCACCCAGUCUUCCAGGUCAUUUUCAAUCUCCAGAACUUGGAUCUGCUUUCCCAACAGGCGAACAUCACUGGGUGUGAAGUGCAGCCCAUUCCACAGUUCUGCCGGCCUCCACAGAGCCGAUUCGACUUGGCACUGGAACUCGCAGAAACAGAGGGCGUCGUGAAGGGCACAUUCGAGUUCUCAACGGAUCUGUUUGAGCUCAGCACGGUGGCUCGCAUGGCUUCUCAUCUCAGAAAACUGGUGGAGGGGUUGUUGUCAAGCCCUGAUGAACCUCUGGGGGCGAUUUCGAUGUUGACAAGCACUGAACACGACCUCCUGGUGAGAGAGCUUCCGACUGAACACUGUCACAAAUACGAUGUGGGACGCGAGUGCUUGCAUGAGAUGUUCCACCACCAUGCAGAGGCGUCUCCCAAGUCAGCAUGCCUGGUUUUUGGAGAUGAGACCAUGACAUAUGAGGAAGUGGAGAUGGAGUCAAACAGGGUAGCCCAACACUUGAUUGAUCUGGGUGUCUAUGCAGACAGUAAUGUGGGCAUCAUGGCAGACAAGUCGUUGGAGAUGGUUAUUGGAAUCCUUGGAAUUCUCAAGUCAGGGGCCGCAUACACUCCGGUGGAUCCAAAGUAUCCACCCCAGCGGACAGCGGCCAUCGUGGAAGAUGCACGGAUACAAAUCAUGCUGGUGCACACCCGGCAGGAUGUGGAGAGCACAUUGGAAGGACUGCCCGUGCAGGUUGUGCAAGUGGGCUGCGUCCCAGAACAGUUGUCACUGUACCCUAGUGGCCGAUGCUUCUCAGGCAACUUGGCCUACACGAUUUUCACCUCAGGCUCCACAGGCAGACCCAAGGGUGUGAUGGUGCCUCACCGAGCAGUGGUGAACUUCUUGCAGUGGAUGAUGGAGGAGUUCUCUUUGAGCAAGGAUGAUAGAUACCUGCAGAACAUCCACUUCACCUUCGACCUGUCGAUGAUGGAAAUAUGGCUGGCCCUGACAUCUGGGGCCACCCUGAUUCUGCCCGACCCCGAGUUCCACCCUGAGCCAUCUUAUGUGGUGGAUCUCAUCAAGCGGACAGGAGCCACGUUCUGCUGUUCUGUGCCCUCCCUGUUGCGUGGUUUUGCCGACAUUUGUGAACCCCAGGCCUGCCCAAGUCUGAGAGUGCAAAUCUCCUGCGGUGAGGUGCUUCCCGUCCCAGUUGCAGCCAAGUUCCUGGAGAAGCUGCCUCACUGCACACUGGCCAACACAUACGGCCCCACGGAGGCCACCAUUCAUGUGACAAGCCAAACCGUGACCACUGCAGAGCUGAAUGGGCCACUGUCCAUUGGCAGGCCACUGUCUCACGUGGCCAUCUACAUUCUGGACGAGGGACUGCAGCCAGUCCCGAUCGGUGUUCCAGGGGAACUGAUGAUCAGCGGAGCUUGCCUGGCCAGGGGAUACAUCGGCCGCCCAGAAUUGACAGGAGAGAAGUUUCUGAAGAAUCCAUUCUGUCCAAAGGGGAGUGCAGAUUUCCAGAAGAUGUACAGGACAGGCGAUUUGGCUUGCUGGAGUGAGGAUGGCAGGCUCCAUAUCCUUGGACGUGUAGACCACCAGGUUAAGAUACGUGGUUUCCGGAUAGAGCUGGAGGAGGUGGAAUCAGCCCUCAUCACACUGCCAACAGUCAGCCAGGCGACUGCCUCCAUUGCCAACGAUCCCCGUUGGGAUCCCCAUUUGGUGGCAUAUGUGACUCCUGAAGAUCAGGCCAUCGAGAGGUUGAAAGAGCAAGUUGGCCAGGUGCUUCCCUAUUACAUGGUACCAUCGAUUGUCAUCGCCAUGGAGAGAAUGCCUUUGCUGCCCAGCGGAAAGGUCAACCGGAAAGCACUCCCCCAGCCAGUGUGGACCUCCACAAGCGAGGUUGUGCUGCCCAGAAAUGACCUGGAGCAGAGGGUUCAUGAGAUAUGGUCCAGUGUGCUUGGCGUGGAGGACAUCAGCAUCCACACAGACUUUUUUGACCUGGGUGGAGACUCUCUCAAGGCAGGGCUCAUCACUGCCAAGCUGCGGCAGGCAUUCGGCGUUGAGGUCCCUGGACUUGUGGUGUUCAAGUACAAGACGAUUGCCACACUUUGUGAGGCGGUGGAGCAGGUUGCUGGAGACGGUGGCACAUUGGCUGCCCUCAAGACCCUCAGUGUCACAGAUGCAUCUGGUGUUGUGCUUCCAAAGCACUUGUCUAGCAUUUCGUCUUCUUCAGAAGAUGCAAAUAUCGAAUCGGGCGUGGUUAUGUCGUAUGGGCAAGAGCAGAUGUUUACCAUACAGAAGCUGAUGCCCCAGACAACAGCCUACUCUCUUCCAGUGUCUCUGUACAUCAGCGGCCAUUUGGAGCUGCAGGCGCUGAAGCAGGCGUUCGGGAUUCUGACAGCGCGGCAUCAGGUGCUGGGUGUGAAAUUUGCCAGCAAGGGCGAGCAGACCAUGAUGAUCAGGGACCCGCACCAGCAACCUGAUCUGCAAGUGCUGGAGAUGAGCAGCGGCAGCAUUGCAGUAAGGGAUGGGUCGAUGGUGGUGGACAGCACCGCAUCUGAGCGCUUGCAGCAUCUGGCAUCCAUUCCAUUCGACCUCGAGGCUGGGCCGGCAAUCAGGGCAGCAGUGCUUCCACUGGCGACAGAUGAACAUGUGCUGAUGAUCAUGGCACAUCAUGCCGCGCUGGAUGGCUGGUCGACAGGGAUUCUCAUGAGGGAGUUCUGCAUUGCAUACAAUGGCACCAUUGCCAGUGAGACCCCAGACUUGGAACCUCUCCCCAUCCAGUACCACCACUUUGCUGCAUGGCAGCGGCGCUGGCUGGGCGAGGGCGCCCUUGAGGAGCACCUGAAGUACUGGAAGAACAAUCUUGUAGGCGCGCCAGCCCUGUUGGAGAUUCCAACUGACAAGCCACGUGGACGGGCCAUCACAACUGCGGCCGCUGGGCAUGUGGAUGUUGAGUUUCCUGCUGCUGUGGUUCAGCAGAUGAAGAAGCUGGCUUCCGAGUGUCACGCCACACUGUUCCAAGUGCUGUUGGCUGCGUUCGAUGUGCUUUUGAGCCGCUACAGUCGCCAGACAGACAUCGUGGUGGGAACAAUCGUGGCUGGUCGCUGGCACCCUGAGCUCGUCAAUCUCGUUGGUUACGUUGCUAACCCUGUGCCAAUUCGCGUGGAGUUCCCAGAGCAGCUGACCUUCAAGGAUUUGAUGGGGUUGGUGAAGACAGCUGCCAUGAAUGCCUUUGAUCAUUCAGUUGUGCCCAUUCAGAAGGUGAUAGAAGCAGUGGGUGCCGCAAGGGACGCCUCUCACCACCCACUGUUCCAGGUCAUUUUCAAUCUCCAGAAUUUGGAUCUCCUUUCUCAGGAGGCAAACAUGACUGGGUGUGAAGUGCAUCCAAUACCAGAAUUUUGUCGGCCUCUGGAGAGCCGAUUCGACUUGGCCCUGGAACUCGCCGAAACGCAGGGCGCCGUGAAAGGCACCUUCGAAUUCUCCACAGAUUUGUUUAAUUCCGCAACUGUUGCUCGCAUGGCUUCGCAUUUCAGAAAGUUGGUUGAGGGGCUGGUGUCACAUCCUGAUGAGCUUCUGGGGAAGAUCCCGAUGCUAGAUGCCAGAGAGCAUGACCGCCUGGUGGGGGAAUAUGCUGUUGAGGACUGUCACAAGUAUGCUGUGGGCCAUGAGUGCUUGCAUGAGAUGUUCCAUCGCCAAGCUGAGGAGUCUCCCAAAUCAACAUGUGUGCUCUUCAAAGAUCAGUCCAUGACAUACGAGGAGGUGGAGAUGGAGUCAAACAGACUGGCCCAUCACCUGAUUGACUUGGGCGUCUGUGCAGAUAGUAAUGUGGGCAUCAUGGCAGACAAGUCGUUGGAGAUGGUUAUUGGAAUUCUUGGAAUUCUCAAGUCAGGGGCCGCAUACACUCCGGUGGAUCCAAAGUAUCCACCCCAGCGGACAGCAGCCAUCGUGGAAGAUGCACGGAUACAAAUCAUGUUGGUGCACACCCGGCAGGAUGUGGAGAGCACGUUGGAAGGACUGCCCGUGCAGGUUGUGCAAGUGGGCUGCGUCCCAGAACAGUUGUCACUGUACCCUAGUGGCCGAUGCUUCUCAGGCAACUUGGCCUACACGAUUUUCACCUCGGGCUCCACAGGCAGACCCAAGGGUGUGAUGGUGCCUCACCGAGCAGUGGUGAACUUCUUGCAGUGGAUGAUGGAGGAGUUCUCUUUGAGCAAGGAUGAUAGAUACCUGCAGAACAUCCACUUCACCUUCGACCUGUCGAUGAUGGAAAUAUGGCUGGCCCUGACAUCUGGGGCCACCCUGAUUCUGCCCGACCCCGAGUUCCACCCUGAGCCAUCUUAUGUGGUGGAUCUCAUCAAGCGGACAGGAGCCACGUUCUGCUGUUCUGUGCCCUCCCUGUUGCGUGGUUUUGCCGACAUUUGUGAACCCCAGGCCUGCCCAAGUCUGAGAGUGCAAAUCUCCUGCGGUGAGGUGCUUCCCGUUCCAGUUGCAGCCAAGUUCCUGGAGAAGCUGCCUCACUGCACACUGGCCAACACAUACGGCCCCACUGAGGCCACCAUUCAUGUGACAAGCCAAACCGUGUCCACUGCAGAGCUGAAUGGGCCACUGUCCAUUGGCAGGCCACUGUCUCACGUGGCCAUCUACAUUCUGGACGAGGGACUGCAGCCGGUCCCGAUCGGUGUUCCAGGGGAACUGAUGAUCAGCGGAGCUUGCCUGGCCAGGGGAUACAUUGGUCGCCCAGAACUCACAGAAGAAAAGUUCUUGAAGAAUCCGUUUUCUUCCCCAGGCCAUGCUGACUAUGAGAAGAUGUAUCGCACGGGUGACCUGGCAGCCUGGAGCGAAGAUGGCUGCUUACAAAUUCUGGGUCGGGUGGAUCACCAGGUCAAGGUGCGGGGCUUCCGCAUAGAGUUGGAGGAGGUAGAAUCUGCGCUGGCUGCUGUGCCUGGCGUAUCCCAGGCCACAGUCGUGUUGAAGCACGAUCCCUCUGGCGACGCGCACCUGGUCGCAUACGUUGCGCCAGAAGGGCUGGCGGCUGACUUCCUCAAGGGCCAAAUGAGUCAAGUGCUGCCAUACUACAUGUUGCCUUCCCUCGUGCUGAUGCUCCCUGAGUUGCCUCUGUUGCCUAGUGGCAAGGUGAACAGGAAAGGCCUUCCAGAGCCACAGUGGACAGCCCAGGGAGACAAGGAAUACUUUCCACCAAGGAAUGCUCUGGAGCAACAGAUCCAGAAAGUGUGGGAAGAUGUGCUGUCUCUGCAGAACAUCAGCAUUCAUGCAGAUUUCUUCCACCUUGGCGGAGACUCCCUGAAGGCCGGAAUGGUCAGCGCAAAGCUGCGCCAAAUAUUUGGCGUGCAGGUGCCUGGCCUGCUGGUGUUCAAGUUCAAGACCAUCAGCAGUCUUUCGGAGAUGGUGAAACAGGUGGCUGGUGACAAUCUGGACAACCUUGCGGACCUCACCCGUGAGACCCCGCUGGGGCCAGCUGGCUUCACCGACGAGCAGCUGGAGGCAGGUGUGCCUGUUUCGUUCAACCAGUGCCGGAUGGUUGGGCUGCACGAGGCGGACCCACAGAGCACUGCCUACAACAUUGGUGUGUGCCUGAGCCUGAAGGGCAAACCCAACUUGGAGGCAUUCGAGCGGGGUGCGCAGUAUGUGGUGCAGCGACAUGAGGUGUUGCGCAUGAGGUACAGGCGGGUUGAGGAGGACUGGCAGCAGUACAGGGUGGCCGAGGCAGACGCCCUGUCCCUUGAGUAUAUGGAUCUGAUGGAGGCGCCCACGGCACAGGGACUUGACAGCGUUCUUGCGGACAAUGCUGUUCGUCCUUUUGACCUGUUUGGAGGACCGUUGGUUCGGGCUUUGGUGAUGAAGGUCAAAGAGGACGAGUUUGUGUGGCUGAUUUGCACACACCAUGUUGCCUUCGACGGCAUGUCUGUUAUGAUCCUUGCCCAGGAGAUUGCUGCCACCUACAGUGCAUUUGCCAAUGGGACGGAGUGUGGCUUGCUACCACUGCCCCUUCAGUACCAUGACUAUGCUUACUGGCAGCGGCAGUCGCUUAUGAGCUCCCCUCCAGAUGUUGAUUACUGGGUGAGCCAGCUGAAGGACAUGCCUGCUCCAUUCAGCAUGGUCCCAGGGCUGGAGGCAAAGGCGAAAACAGGCAGCGCACCUGCACGGGGCGAAGCAGGGGUUACCAUUGCUAAGGAUCUCACCACUGGUUUGAACAAGUUGGCACUGGACAAUGGAGCCACGGUGUACAUGACUCUCCUUGCCGGCUUCAGCUGGAUGCUCAGCCGUGCAAGUGGCGAAUCGGACAUCGUCAUUGGGUGCCCUUUCGCAGCGGGAAGGCUGCGCGAGGAGGUUAUCCAGCUCGUGGGGUACUUCGUGAAUCCGCUGCCCAUUCGCAUCAAGGUGGACAAAAGCGCCACGUUCAGGGACCUGCUCCUUGCCACCAAGGACGUGGUCCUGUCUGGCUUCCAGCAUGGGCAGGUGCCUUUCCACAAGAUGCUGCAGGUCACAGGCACGAAAUAUGAUGCUGGUGUCCACCCUCUGUACCAGACGGGGCUGGUGCUGCACGAGGGUGUUCCAGACCAGGGAUCCAUGGAGAUUGAUGGGCUAAGUGUCGAGGUGAUGACGAACGUGGCCUUCCAGAAUCAUGCCAAGCUGGACUUGGGGAUGGAGCUCUUCGAGGGGGAUGCUGGUUUGAGGGGCACUGUGGAGUACAAUGCGGACAAGUACGGGCAUGAGGACGUCAAGGGCUGGAUCGACAGCUUCUUGGCGAUUCUCCGAGCAGCGCGAGAGCAGCCUGACACGAUUUUGGAGGACUUGGCGGGUUUGAUGGGAUAG